GUCGCUGCGGGGCGCCCUGGGAUCGCGGCGGGCUCGCCGGACCUGGUCGUGGCCCCUUCCCCGGCGCUCCUGAUGCCUCAUUGGCCUCGGGCCUCUUUUCGACAAUGGGGGCUGAGGCCCUCGCGGGGCCUCCCCAGGUCCCAUCCCCUUUCUACACGGUCGGAACCCUCUGGCUCCCCCGGCACCCGGAGGAACCGGGAAGCCAAACAGAAGCGCCUGCGAGAGAAGCAGGCUGCGCUGGAGGCUGGGUUAGCCUUGAAGAGCAAGCUGUCUGCAGAAUCCAGUACGGCCUGGACUCCUAAAGAAAUAGUGCUGUAUGACAUCCCCACGGAGCUUGGUGAAAAGAAAGAUGUCUCCCGGCCCCUGCCUCCUGCUUACAGCCCCCGCUAUGUUGAGGCGGCCUGGUACCCUUGGUGGGUACGAGAGGGCUUCUUCAAACCGGAGUAUCAGACCAGGCUGCCCCAGAGCACAGGGGAGACCUUUUCCAUGUGUAUCCCACCUCCCAAUGUCACCGGCUCCCUGCACAUCGGGCACGCACUGACAGUGGCCAUCCAGGAUGCUUUUGUGCGCUGGCACCGGAUGCGUGGGGACCAGGUGCUGUGGGUUCCUGGCUCAGAUCAUGCAGGAAUUGCUACUCAAGCUGUGGUGGAAAAGCAGCUGUGGAAGGAGCGAGGGGUGAGGAGACACCAGCUGAGCAGGGAAGACUUCCUCCGGGAGGUGUGGAAGUGGAAGGAGGCGAAAGGUGGAGAGAUCUGUGAGCAGCUCCGAGCUCUGGGGGCCUCCCUGGACUGGGACCGAGAGUGCUUUACUAUGGAUACUGGCUCCUCAGUGGCUGUGACCGAAGCUUUCGUGCGACUCCACGAGGCCGGGUUACUGUACCGCAGCCGGCAGCUUGUCAACUGGUCAUGCGCUUUGAGAUCAGCCAUCUCAGAUAUCGAGGUGGAGAGCCGGUCGCUGUCUGGCCCCACAGAGCUUCGCCUGCCUGGCUGCCCCACCCCUGUGUCUUUCGGCCUCCUCGUUUCUGUGGCCUUUCCUGUGGAUGGAGAGCCUGACGCUGAGGUCACGGUAGGGACCACAAGGCCAGAGACAUUGCCUGGAGACGUGGCAGUGGCCGUUCAUCCCGAGGACACCCGAUACACACAUCUUCACGGGCGACACCUUCGUCAUCCCCUGACAGGGCAGCUUCUCCCCCUCAUCACAGACACUGCUGUCCAGCCGCACGUGGGCACUGGGGCAGUGAAGGUGACCCCAGCUCACAGCCCUGCUGACGCUGAGCUGGGGGCCCGACAUGGCUUGAGCCCCCUGAGUGUCAUCGCCGAGGAUGGGACCAUGACCUCCGACUGUGGAGACUGGCUGCAGGGUCUCCACCGCUUUGUGGCCCGGGAAAAGAUUGUGUCUGCACUGAGGGAGCGGGGCCUGUUCCGGGGCCUCCAGAGCCACCCCAUGGUGCUGCCCAUUUGCAGCCGUUCCGGGGACGUGGUGGAGUAUCUGCUGAAGAGCCAGUGGUUCGUCCGCUGCCGGGAGAUGGGGGCCCGAGCUGCUCAGGCGGUGCAAUCCGGGGCCCUGGAGCUCAGCCCGUCUUUCCAUCAGAAGAACUGGCAGUUCUGGUUCUCCCGAGUGGGGGACUGGUGUGUCUCCCGGCAGCUGUGGUGGGGCCAUCGGAUUCCAGCCUACCUGGUUGUAGGGGAGCCUGGGAAGGGCGGCAGCGAGGACUGCUGGGUGGUCGGGCGGACGGAGGCUGAGGCCCGAGGAGCAGCUGCAGACCUGACAGGGAGACCCGGGGCCGAGCUGGCCCUGGAGCGUGACCCCGAUGUCCUGGACACAUGGUUCUCCUCAGCUCUCUUCCCCUUCUCUGCCCUGGGCUGGCCCCAGCAGACCCCGGACCUCACUCGGUUCUACCCCCUGUCACUGCUGGAGACAGGCAGUGACCUCCUGCUGUUCUGGGUGGGCCGCAUGGUCAUGCUGGGGACCCAGCUCACAGGGCAGCUCCCCUUCAGCAAGGUGCUCCUUCACGCCAUGGUUCGGGACAAGCAGGGCCGGAAGAUGAGCAAGUCCCUGGGGAACGUGCUGGACCCACGAGACAUCAUCAGAGGGGUGGAGCUCCAGGUGCUGCAGGAGAAGCUGAGGGACGGGAACUUGGACCCCUCCGAGCUGGCGAUUGCGGCUGCGGCGCAGAGAAAGGACUUCCCUCACGGGAUCCCCGAGUGUGGGACAGAUGCCUUGCGGUUCGCCCUGUGCUCCCACGGGGCCCUGGCGGGUGACUUACACCUGUCCGUCUCUGAGGUCCUGAGCUCCCGGCAUUUCUGCAACAAGAUCUGGAACGCCGUGCGCUUCGUCCUCGGUGUUCUCGGGGAGAAGUUCGUCCCCCAGCCUGCAGAGGAGCUGGCCCUCUCGUCCCCCAUGGACGCCUGGAUCCUGAGCCGCUUGGCCCGCGCUGCCCGAGAGUGCGAGCGGGGCUUCCUCACACGGGAGCUGCCCCUUGCCACCCACGCCCUGCGCCGCUUUUGGCUCCACAGCCUCUGUGACGUCUACCUGGAGGUGGUGAAGCCGGGGCUGUCACACUGCCCCCGUCCCCCGGGGCCCCCCCAGGUGCUGUUCUGCUGUGCUGACGCCGGGCUCCGCCUCCUCGCCCCGCUCAUGCCCUUCCUGGCCGAGGAGCUCUGGCAGAGGCUGCCCCCCAGGCCGGGCGGGCCCCUCGCCCCCAGCGUCUCUGUUGCCCCCUACCCCAGUGCUGGAAGCUUGGAGCACUGGUACCGGCCGGAGCUGGAGCGGCGCUUUUCCCGGGUCCAGGAGGUCGUGCAGGCGCUGAGGGCUCUCCGGGCCACGUACCAGCUCACCAAGGCCCGGCCUCGAGUGCUGCUGCAGAGCUCGGAGCCCAGAGAGCAGGGCAUCUUCGAGGACUUCCUGGAGCCCCUGGGCACCCUGGGCCGCUGCGGGGCCGUGGGCCUCUUACCUGCAGGGGCCCCUGCUCCCUCUGGCUGGGCACAGGCCCCGCUCAGCGACACCCUUCGGGUCUACAUGGAGCUGCAGGGCCUGGUGGACCCCCACACCCACCUGCCGCUGCUGGCUGCCCGAAGACACAAGUUGCAGAAGCAGCUGGACGGCCUCACAGCCCAGGCCCCGCCAGAGGGAGAGGCAGAGACUCAGAGACAGCAGAGGCUUUCUUCCCUCCAACUGGAAUUGUCGCGACUGGACAACGCAGCCUCUCACCUCCAGCAGCUGAUGGACGCAUCUCCCAGCCCCGAGGACCCUGAGCCCUCGCCUGCUGUGCCUGGCGGGGUGGGGCCUCAGAGACCAUGCGGUCACCCCCUCGUUAGGGGACAGAGUGGCUAGGUCACUGGAGAUGCUCACAUUCCUGCCCCUGCUUCCCCCUGUGCAGCCCACUGGGAGGUGGGGGCAGGAGGACAUGCAGAUAAACUUGGAAAACCUCAA